AUGGCCAACUUCAGGCGGCAAGGGUCCAACUUGGCCCAGUUCAUGAGGGAACAACUGAACACGGUGCCAACCACCGAACCCGAGGAGGAUUUCAGCAACAUCGACAGUUUGGAUUUGUUUGCGAACACGCAAUUCUUCGACUUUGAUACCCAGACACAGACCGACUUUAAGCCUACUGCCGAGAGCCCGGCGUCGAAACCCGAACCGUCAUCAGCUACGUCGACGAUUCCAGGCGAAUUUGGGAGCAUGGAGUUCAAUAUGAAUAGUGGGGAGUUCAAUUUCGGCGAUUUCAACAACACAUACGCGUCUCCCACAUUAAACAACUUUCCCGAGAGCCUCGGAAGCCUGCAGCCUAUUCAGCCAAAUCCACAGGCUGUUUAUCCUGCCCAGCACGCCUACGCAAACCAUGCCGGCGCUCAGCCCAAGACGGGUGAAAAGCGCCGGGGCACCGAACCCCAGAUUCCCAGCCGCGCCAUGAACAUGGAGGAGGUCUCGAGAGUGGCGGCCGAGGAGGACAAGCGCCGGAGAAACACUGCUGCCAGCGCUCGAUUCCGCGUCAAGAAGAAGCAGAGGGAGCAGGCUCUCGAGAAGAGCGCCAAGGAAAUGUCUGAGAAGGUCGCUGCGCUCGAGCAGAAGAUCACACAGCUCGAGACGGAAAACCAAUGGUUGAAGAAGCUGGUCAUCGAGAAGAACGAAGGCAGCGCCCCUAGCAAGGCGGCAGCUUCAAAAGCCGCUGAGUCGAAGGAUGAGGACAAAGCUGAGGCUGAAAUCAUUGCCAAGACGGACGAGGCUCCGGUCUCGAAAAGGGCCAAGACCGAAGCAUCCUCAUAA